CCGGUAUCGUACGUCCGUAGAAAGUAAAGGCGCAAAAGUGAGAAAGUGAGCAACCCCUGGUGGAGGGGCAUCUCGCUUGUCUUCUUCGUUUUUAGAAACAUGGCUUCCACAGCUCUUCCGCGCACAUCAAAACGCGAUACGUCUUACUGCACCACAAACCUUUCAAGAAUUGCUCCCCAUAGCUUUCAACCAAACGCGACAUCUAGCUAGCGAAGCUUGCUUGCUGUCUGUUUGUUUGUUCUAAAGGUGAUCAAAAAGAAGGCAAAGUAGCUUCGAAAAUCAUUAUUCGAAGAGCUAUUCGAAGCUUCUUGUACCGUACACUUCGACCAUGGCGCAAUCAAUUGAUGUUGCUGCCUAUCAGCUCUUGAAGAAGUAUCCACCGGAUAAAGGGAAUACCUAUUCGUUUCCCCCAGAAGAGAAUCUAUGGUUGCACAGCCAUCAGGCCAUCCUCGGUGAGGCGGAGAGCAUGCGGAAGGCUCUGGAAGCCUUGGUGGAGAGACGCAAGACGACAGCCAAGAACGAGCCUCUGGAAGCAUGGGUGGUGGACUGCCUCCACACCGUUUGGAGCGGACACCGUCAGUACCUGGAAGCGCACCAUGAACAUGAGGAAGUCACUGUGGGCGAGAUUGCCAAGAAACGAUUCCAAUGGCCCAAAGAGAUCUCGACAACCCACGCUGACAUUGACAAUAUGUUCAAAGCCAUCCAAGACUUGAUGGUGAACUUGCGGAGUGCUAUGGAAACUCAGAACGGUCUCGAAGCUGACCAAGUGUUGGAGCGACUUUUGGAAAAAUGGACAGGAUACCAGAAAGAGUUAACGUUGCAUAUUGAAUUGGAAGAAGCAACUAUUGUUCCAUUGGUCAGAGCUUACAUGUCUCACAACGAAAUGAACAUGCUAAUAUUCAAAAUCAUGUCCAAUGUGCCGAAGAAUGAGCUCGGGGCGAUUGUCCACUACACUGGUGAAGAGCACAUUCGGACUGUGAGCAUGCCCUAUCAAAGAAUGCCAUCAUUCCUUUGGCAAUGGCUUUUGAAGCCUGCUGUGGACUCGUAUCGCCUGACAUAUGUUGCGAGUGCAGAGGCAGUGCGCCUCGGGAUCCCAAAGCCUUCCGAGCCCAAGCCAGCGGGGUUGACCAGUCGUUUUUUCAAGGGCAUGAUGGCUUGCUUUUCAUUUCCAUUUUCAGUCCUUCAGAAUGUGUUGACUACUCUCACUGCUUCCAAUCCAACAAAGGCGCUCAAGUCGGAUUGAAUUGGUACAGUGUAGUUGUUUCUUGUGAGCAAGCGUAUCUGCUUAGCUAUUGUUGAACUGUGGCUGACUUCCCCAUCUGUCCUUUGGCAUGGCUGGUGCUGUAUGAGCUCACCUGAGCCUACUUAUUUAGUUUAGAAAGGUCUGUAAUUUCUCGCUUCUAGCUUCGCAGUAUUUUAAAAUAGUAGCUCAGAGGCAGGCUCUUUACGACAAAGAUUCCAGGUAGUUUGCGUCUCUGGUUCUGAGAGUGAUUGUUCCAGCACCUGCAGAAUGUGGACAGUAUCCUUUUGGCCCUUCUCUCGUCAGAGUUACAUCAUUAGACAGUUUGGCACAUUGUGUCAAUGUACUUUCCUGAAGAUUGUCAGCUACCGGUAGAGUCUGGCUUACCUUGGGCUACAACCUGCAUACAAGAGCUGCUGGCGGUGGAUGUACAUGGUGCGUUUGUGCUGUCCACACCACGAUGGAGAACCCUCCUCUGCACUUUCCACGCCACAUCGAGACCGCAAUCGCAAGCUGAUUGGUGUCUGGAUCGCGCGUGACCAAAACAAGAACCCCCAAAGCAGAAGCUUCGCGAAAAAAUGAGGGGGGUCGUAUCUUUGACCCCGCGUAGCCUCUGGUAAAUCUUCUACGUGACCUUUGCGAAAGA